AAACUUUGUUUUGUUCAAAUAAAAGCGAAAACUAGUUAAAUAUGAACUGACCAUGGAUGUAGCAACUGAUGAUACAAACAACAAUGUUUGUGAUGCACAAAGUUCAUCAGAAGAUGCAUUGUCACUUUCCCAGCCUGCCAUUGAUCACGACUAUGUUUCAAACACUGUGGAAUUAACCACAGUUGAAGAAAUAAACCAUGAAGAAAGAGUAAGCGAGAUAGAAAAUGAUGAUAUUUCAAACAUGAUUGUAGAAAUUCAUUCGGAAAAUUUUGAGGCUAAGAAACAAGUUUUAAAAAAAGAUCAAAUUAAAACGGAAAAACAACAAUCUUGUAGAUGGAAAUUUUCCGUUGGCAAAAACGACAUAACAUUGGGUGAAAUCCCAGGAGUUGUGGUAAAACUUGGACCACCUGAUGUUGAAGGCAUCUCACAUGGGAUAAUGUUUCUAAAGUCAGCAGAUAAUCGCAACACAAUGUUGAAAUCUCAUGUUCAAACUUUCUUGGGUCAAUUAGGGUUCGAUUUCUUGGAUUAUUUUUCUCUGCAUCCUAUCCUGUAUAAGAAGACUUUCAAUGAGAUACAGCUUUGUUUAUUUCCUUAUUUAAAAGAAUACGAAAUAUUUGUGUGUGAAGUGAACAGAUGGUGUUAUGAGCUUGGCAUCAAAUAUAAAAACGAGUUGUUGGAUCCAUCGGUUUAUAAUGAAAAGCAACAACUAAAUGAUGAAGAUUGUGAGAUUGCAUUGGAAACUUUGAAUACAGAAGUCGAUGAGACAACAUCUACCAAUAUUUCAACGCAAGUGACUGGUUCAUUUGAUGACUUUAUCUCUAGUUUCCGAUCUGAUUUACGAAGUGAAAGAUCAAAAAGAUGGGUCUUUUAUCUGCAUAAUACAUCUGGUUUAACCAUUACAGAACAGGAGUGUGUUUCAAUAGGAAUCGCUUCAUACAAAGAAGAAGGAUGUGCGUUGGGUAUGAUGAAUGUAACUGGGCCUAAGUAUAGAUACUCCUUAAGAGAAAAUGCUGCUGUAAAACUUCUGCAUAAAUCGGGUAUCAAAGGUCCCGCGUUUGUUCUGCCGGUAGCAAAUAAUUCAGCGUAUCAAUGCAUUAAGUUCUGUUUGAAACCAUUCAUCACAGAACCCCAGGUGUUUGUGGAGACUGUCACAGAGUGGUGUCGUCUUUUUGAAGUUAAUCAAAGAAGGAACGUUUUACUGCAAGAAAAAACAAAACGGAAAAGCAAACGACGGAAAAAAGACACCGAUAGAGAUGUUAACUAUUUAGAUUUCUGUGAAUCAGAUACUUUUCCAUGUUAUAGUGAAAUUCACACAAGACUUAAACAACUACUUGGUAAAACUUCUUCGGAAAGAAUGAACUCUCCAAGGUCAAGACGCUGGAUAUUUUCCUUUAAAAACACAAGCAAGUUUGAAAUAAUUAAACAAGAAGGAACUUGCAUUAUGGUUGGACCAACUGGUACAGAUGAGGUUGCGUACGGGAUAGUUUAUGUGGAAGAGCCAACUUACCCCAUAGCUAUCAGCACCAAAGUUGCAAAACAAGUUUUGGCCGAGUUUAAAAUUGAAGUCUUGAUGAUACACCAUGUCUUGUUAAACUAUGCAUACCAGUUUAUCUUGUUUUGCUUGAAAUCAUUGCGGGAUCUUCAUAAUUUGGAAACUACUGCAAGUGCGUGGUGUAAGGAGCUUGGGGUGGUGGAUAAGAUUAAAAAAGAUGUAAAAGAACAUGGAGAGAUAAAUAGUGAUGAUAUUGAGAUCUCAACUAUUGAUGAAUCUGGGCAAGAAAUUUCUCAAAACCAUGAAAUAGUUGAAGAGCAACAAGUUGGAGCAUGUGUCGAUGAGCCAGAAACAUUAUCCAGAUAUUCUGUUGUGUCUCCAACCAUACAAUUACAAAACACAAGCCUAGUCAAAUCUGUGCCAUACAAAUUUACAUGUGUUAACGUAGCUCGCUCUGCUAAUUCAGUUCGAUCUCAAUGUUGGGCGUUCUCAGUCCUGUUACUGAAAGAUACACAGAUAAAAGAACCCCAGGGAGUUUUUAUAAAAGUUGGGCCAAUUAAACCGAAUAAUCUUCCAAAUGGACUGGUUUUGGUGCAAACUCAGAAAAAGGAAAAUAUCAUCACACAGGAAGUUGUCUCACAGAUUUUGAUCAUGUCUAAUGUUUCUGGGGCAUCUAGCCUGCAGGUUGUUGACAAAAACUCUAUUAGCAAGUGGAUCCUUUACUGUUUAGAACCCUUAGUGAAUAACAAGGAGGUAUAUAACACUACUAUGCUGGAAUGGUGUCACAAGUUUGGUGUGGAUUACCAGCAAUGUAGUAAAUUAACACUAACUAAGAAACGAAGCCGCAAAAUAAAAGUUGAUAUUAAACAAACUUUGAUGGGGGGAAAUAAAAGACUCCGGACAAUUCCUUUAUGAUGUGGAGAAUUAAGUUAAACACAUGUGUCCCAAGUUGUAAAAGCUUUUACCCACCCCCUGGGUUUUGCUACUGACAGGCACCGAACCUGGGGUGGCAGGGUAGGCAGGACAACCCUCAAUUUUUUUAAUGCAUAUUUAUCAAUAGACAAACAACAAUCACAUCAUUCACCAUUCCACCCCUUAACAAAGAAUUCAAACUCAUUAAACUUUUAAAAGUUGCAUGUCAAGUUGUUUUAAUGUAAUAAUAUACAAUCGUUGGUAUUUCUAUAUUGCAUUCAAAACUCCACAUCAUUUACAGUGAAUAGAAGGUGUCAGUUUAAAAAUUGUGACUUGUUAUUGUAACAACUGUUAUUAUUCUUUUCAAGUCUAUUUUCAACUGUUAAACUUAGGAAUUAUUAUUAGUUAUGACAGAGGUUGAGCAUCCAUGCAAAGUUUAUUGUACAACUUGUGUUGUAUGAAUUGGUAUGAAUUGAAAAUGUUAAAGUAGAAUAGCAAAGCUUCUGUAUGUUGUAUGUAUUUCAGACUCUUAAUAUUUUUUUUAUUUCACUUCAGA